AUUGAUGCGAUUCCGUAAACAUCAGUUUGUUAUGACGGCUGAUGUGGAAAAAAUGUUUAGGCAAAUUAAGGUAGCCGAAGAAGAUCAAGACUGGCAAAGAAUAGUUUGGAGGGCACAGCCAGAUGAAGCAUUAAAAUUGUAUCGCCUUACAACUGUAACAUAUGGUACAACUUCAGCUUCCUUCAUGGCAACAAAUUGUCUUGUCUCACUAUCCGAAGAAUCAAAACAAAUCUACCCGGAAGCAUCAAAAAUAAUACGGCAUGAUUUUUAUAUGGAUGAUUUAAUGACCGGUGCCGACACGAUUGAUGAUUGCUGUCGGUUACAGCAGCAAAUUAAUGCAAUUUUAGAAUCAGCACAUCUACCGUUGCGUAAAUGGUGUUCAAAUUCAAUUAAAAUUUUACAACGCAUUGGUAAAUCGAGUAACGACCCAUUGUUUGCAUUACCAAUUGGUGAAGACGAAAUAAUCAAAUCGUUAGGGCUUAGUUGGAAUCCAACGGUGGAUGAAUUUCGAUUUAUCAUAGAGCAAAAAACAUCAAGGAUCAAGUCGACAAAAAGAAUGCUUUUAGCCGACCUCAACAGAAUAUUUGAUCCUCUUGGGUUUUUGGCACCGGUAUUAAUUAGAGGAAAAAUAUUUGUGCAACAGUUGUGGCAGUUGAAAGUUGAAUGGGACCAAAAUCUGCCAUCAGAGUUAAAAAAGAAAUGGGAUAUAUUCUAUCAAGAAUUCAAGGACCUGAGUCAUCUUUCCAUUCCAAGAAAGUGCAUCCCAUACCAGUCCUCGGAGGUUCAAAUACAUGGAUUUUGCGACGCGUCGGAGGCGGCCUAUGGAGCUGCAAUUUAUGUACGGAGUAAAGAUCUAAUGGGAUGCUGGCACUCUCGAUUACUUUGUGCCAGAACACGGGUGGCACCACUAAAGGGCUCAACAAUUCCGAGACUAGAAUUGAGGGGAGCGGUAACUCUUGCCCAGCUGUCAAUAAAGAUAGCGGAGGCUUUGGAGAUAGAUGUUAAGAGCUUUUACUUAUGGACGGACUCCACUGUAGUGCUUGGAUGGCUGAACUCUCAAACUUGCAGAUUAAAAACAUUUGUGGCGAACCGCGUUGAGCAAGUGUUAGAGAUUACAGAGCCAAAGCAAUGGAGACACAUUUCGACAACUGAUAAUCCAGCAGACAUUCUAACACGAGGGAUAUCGGGGAAAGAACUUCAGAACAAGGACAUCUGGUGGAAGGGACCACACUGGUUAGAAUCAGAGUCAGAUGCAUGGAAGGAAUCAAUGUUCACAAAUCAAAUACAAGAAUUACCAGAACAGCGUAAAGUGAAACUAGUAUUGUUGACAGUGAAUCCAUUAAGCAACAUUUUUAAGUAUUAUUCCGAUUGGCAGCGACUUAGAAGUGGUGUGGCAUGGAUUUUGAGGUUCAUAAGCUAUCUAAAGGCAAGAAAGGACUUGAAAGUGCCAAAAUACUUAACCGUAUCCGAGCUGAAAGCAGCAGAAAUGGUAGUAUUAAGGCAACUACAGAAAGAAACGUUUGCAAAGGAGAUAUCGAGUCUAGAAAAAGGAGAUUAUGUUGCCAGCAACAGUAAGUUAAAUGGUCUUUCACCGUAUUUAGAAAAUGGUUUGAUCUUAGUCGGUGGACGCUUACGACACGCUCAAAUAACGGAGCGUCAAAAGCAUCCAAUAGUUAUUCCAGCUGGACAUCAAGUAACAAAAAUGAUUUUUAAGUAUAGACAUCGAGAAUUGCUCCAUUGUGGUCCACAACAACUAUUAGCGAGUGUACGGCAGCAGUACUGGCCCUUGAGGGGAAGAGUCACGGCUCGAUCUGUGAUAAAAGAAUGCGUUACAUGCAUCCGUGCUAGGCCAAAAUUUACGCCUCCUCUUAUGGGAGCGUUACCGAAGGCACGAGUACAGCCUUCCAGACCAUUUUCCGUAAGUGGGGUUGAUUUUGCGGGUCCGUUGGUUGUUCGCAGUGGAGUUCGACGUAUCACCGGGGUAAAGGCAUGGGUUGCAGUUUUUAUAUGCUUUUCGACCAGAGCAAUACAUUUAGAAGCUGUAGUUGGUUUAACAAGUGGAGCCUUUAUAGCCACUCUACGUCGUUUUAUGUCACGACGCGGGAAGUGCUCAACCAUCUACAGUGACAAUGGAACAAACUUUGUAGGUGCACAAAGGGAACUAACAUCAUAUAUCCAGAAUUGUGAUUCACAGUUGGCAUCUGAAGGAAUCGAGUGGAAGUUCAACCCGCCAUCAGCUCCCCAUUUUGGGGGACUUUGGGAGAGCGCUGUAAAAAGCACAAAACACCAUUUAAAUCGCAUAUUAAAGGACAGCCGCCUCAAUUUGGAAGAGCUCAACACACUACUGUGUCAAAUUGAAGCCUGCGUCAAUUCAAGGCCAAUAACACCACUAAGCACCGAUCCCUCAGAGCCAGAAGCUCUAACUCCAGGUCAUUUUUUAAUUGGUGGUCCAUUAUCAUUGUUACCUGAACCAAACAUUGAUAUUGGUUCCAUUGCGCAUUUGCACCGUUGGAAAUAUGUACAAGCAUUGAUGAGAAGUUUCUGGGAUCGCUGGCAUAAGGAAUACCUGCCUCAACUUCAGGUAAGGGGAAGAUGGGUAGCAAAAAGGGAUACAAUGUGUGUUGGAGAUGUAGUCAUAAUAAAGGAGGACUGCACUUCGCCCAGCAAUUGGAAAUUAGGCAGAAUAACAGCUGUGCAUCCAGGAAAGGACGAGGUUGUACGUGUAGUGACAAUUCGUACAUCAAGCGGAACUGAAGUAAAGAGGCCUGUAGUCAAGUUAUGUCGCUUACCCGUGUCUGAAGACACGAUAGUUGAAAAUGAUGAUUUUCAACGGGGGGAGGAUGUUGCCGCCGUAAAAUAACGACGACCCGAGUAUAUCACCGCGAUCGACACACACGCACAAUUAUUUAUAUUGUGAUUUAUUUAUUUUUGUUGUUGAUUGUGUGUGAAUUGAAAAGUAAUGAAUUUAAAUUAAUUGGGUCCCAGCGCGUUACCCGUUAUCGGCGCGUUAUCUGCGUCGCCGGGUCGUCGGUCGCGAAAAUAUUUAACACGGCCGCCGCAACUUUUGUUCGCUCUCUGUACGUCGUCGUGAAUUGUCCGUUGCGCGUUGCGAACAUUUUUUCUCUUUUAUGGUAUUUUUUUUGUUAUGGGCACGAAUU